UUCCACCAUUGGUGGAGGUGAACUGGCGGGACUCCGCUGCGGAAAAGAUCGGAGGGACUGGGAGAGAAUGGGAGAGUAGUGUCUGAUGGGUCUCACAUCACGUACUGGAAGCUGUACGACUGGAAACUUUACUAGUAAAGUUCGGCUAGAUUAACUCGCGUUACGUUGUGAUUACGGAACAUUGAUCCCGAUGCAAUGAGCGGCUCGAGGGAAAUCAAACUACUGCAGAGAGCGAAGCUCAAAGCUCAGAAGGGCCACAACCUCAAAGAGGAGGCCGACAUCUGCAACCAGCUGGGCGAGCUGCUGUCCCGGAGGGGUGAUUAUCAGGCUGCCGUUGAGGAGCACCAGCAGGAGCUCUCUCUCUCCGAGGCGCUCAGCGAUGUGAUUGGACGCGCCGUCGCCAACCGGAAAAUAGGAGAAUGCUUCGCAGAGAUGGGCAACAUUGAAGCAGCAUUGAAGCACCAGAGACGUCACCUGGAGCUGGCCGGCUCGGUGGGGAACCACGCCGAGGUGCAGCGGGCGCUGGCCACCAUCGGGCGCACCUUCCUGUUCCGCUACGAGUCGGACAGAUCCAGGAGCAGUUUGAAGGAAGCCGAGGAGGCCUUCAGGAAGAGCCUGGCCGUGGUGGAGGAACGGCUGGAAGGCUCGGUGCCGGCCCGGGAGCUGAGUGAGAUGAGGGCGCGGCUCUUCCUCAACCUGGGCCUGGUGUGUGACCACCAGGGGGAGCCCAAGCGCUGUAUGGAGUUUAUCCGCCGCAGCGUCUACAUCGCAGAGAAGCACCAGCUCCUGGAGGACGUGUACCGGGCCAACCUCAACCUGGGCCACAUCUGCUUCCGGAGGAGCCAGCACUCGGGGGCGGUGCGCUGCCUGGAGCAGGCCCGGGAGUGCGCCCGCAAGAUGAAGGACAAGUUCAGCGAGAGCGAAUGCUGCCACUGGAUUGGCAAGGUGCAGCUGUCUCUCGGGGACUUCGCGGCGGCCAGGCGCUCUCUGAAGAAGGCUCUCCUGUUGGGUUCCCAGCAGCCUCAAGACAGACAGGACGUGAAGAAGAACUUUAGAUCUGCCGACCGAGGCUGUCAGCUGGAGGAGGAGGCUGGGGACGACCUGAGGCAGGCGAAGAGUUCCCAUGAUGCAGUGGGGCUGGCUGAGCAGCUGGGCGACCUGUACUGUAAGGUGGGCUCCUUCCCCAAGGCCCUGGAGGCCUACCGGACCCAGCUGGCGCUGGCGGAGGCACUGGGCAGACCCCCCAGGGAGCUGGCCGUCAUCCACGUGUCGCUCGCGGCAACGCACACGGACCUGAGGCAGCCCGGCCCGGCGCUGGAGCACUACCGGCAGGAGCUGGCCCUGAGACGGGGCUCCCCGGCCGAGGAGUGCAGCACGUGGCUGAACAUGGCGUUGUCCCAGAAGGAUAGCGGCUGCAGCCCGGAGGAGGUGGACACCAGUUUCGAGGCGGCGCUGGAGUGUGCCCAGAGGGCGGGGCGCCCUGCGCUGCAGAAGCGCGUGCUGAGGCGGUGGCUAGGGGCCCAGCGACGGGGGGCCCAGCGCGGCGGGGUCGUGGCCGGGCUUGGGGCCACGGAGGCCGGGCUGGAGGCAGCGGAGGACAGUCUGGGGGCCACGGAGGCCAGGCUGAGGGAGCUGUGUGCCGCGGAGGGCUGGAACCCCGACUGCAGUGAUGGGGAGGAAGAGGAGGAGGAGGAAGAGGAGGAGAACAGCGAGCCCUUGGUCGACAGCGACAUCGCCCUCUCGGACUCGGAUGAUGACCUGGACGGUUACGACAAGAUGGUUAGCGGCAGGAGGAAGAGCGUACGGUGGAACAAGAGGAACGAGAAGGGGGAGACCUCGCUCCACCGGGCCUGCAUCGACGGGAACCAGAGGCAGGUCCAGGCACUGCUGGAGCAGGGCCACCCCGUCAAUCCCAGGGACUACUGCGGCUGGACUCCGCUGCAUGAGGCCUGCAACCACGGUCACCACGAGGUGGUGUCUCUGCUGCUGGAGCGCGGCGCCAGUGUGAACGACCCCGGGGGGCCGCUCUGCGACGGGGUCACGCCCCUCCACGACUCCCUGGCCUGCGGACACUUUGGGGUGGCCAGGCUGCUGGUGGAGCACGGCGCCUCCGUCGCCCUGCGCGACGCCAAGGGCCAGACCCCCAUGGACACCCUGAGACACUGGCAGAGGACCUACAGCCGCGAGCUGGACCGCGACGCGCGGCAGGACUGCGCCGCCACAGAGGAGCUGCUGAGGAAGGCUCUAGCAGGGGGGGGAGGAGGGCCCGCGGCUCCCGCCAGGAGCUCCGCCCUGCUGCAGGACAGCCAGCUGUACGACGCCGAGUGCUCCGAGCCCCUCCUCGGGCCCGCGCCGGACCCCGGCCCCAGAGCCCGGGGGACAGAGGCCCCCGGCCCCGCCCGGCCCCCCCGACAGUCCGGGGGACCCAGAGCCCGGGGGAUGGAGUCGGCCCUGCUGUACGGGGUAGGGACCCCCGGAGGGCAGUGUUUUAUUGUAUCAGUGUCUAUUAUAGAGUCUAUCAAAGAGAUCAGUGUCUAUUAUAGAGUCUAUCAAAGUGUCUUUCUUCAUUCCUUUAGACUUCAUGCUGUAAGGAUGUGUUGUACAAACCGCGUGUCCGUCUCACGUCCUCAGAGCAGCGACUCUGACCACGACUCGGACAGCCCCCCCCCGAGCCCCAUGCGACCCGUUCGGCCCAGGCUACGCGUCCAGGCUGGCCCAGCUGGCGGGAGUGGGGUACAGGAGGCCCUCGCUCCGCACGCCCCCGGGCCCUCGCUGGCCCCUGAGCCCACUCCUGCGGGGCCCCACGUCUUCGCGAGGGAAGAGUACCACAGCGUGAUCCGUGGCCUCGGCAGCGCCAGGGCCCUCCACAAGGGCGGGGCCCUCCACCAGGGGACCCAGUCCCCGCUCACCAGCACGCCCGCCCUCUCCUCCAAUAGCAGGCCGGCACUGGUUCCAGAGGAGGAGGACCUGGCCGACGAUUGGCUGGACGAUGACCUGGGCGAGGUGGUUCAGGCCAGGAAGAAGAGGCGGGUGGGGGAGGAGCAGAGUGGACCGAGCGGGGAGGGCGGGGCCUGGAGCGGGGAGGGGGGGGCCUGGAGCGGGGAGGGCGGGGCCUGGAGCGGGGAGGGCGGGGCCUGGAGCGGGGAGGGCGGGGCCUGGACUACUUUAACGGCCAGAAGUCAACACAGGCAGGAGAACGGAGGUGUGUCCCAGAGGUCCGCCGCUGCCCCCCCAGCUGCCAGCAGGGGCCCCUCUCUGAGCAGGAGCGGAGGGGCCCGGCCCCGGCCCCGGCCCCGGCAGGCCAAGAUGACUCAGAUGAGCGGCCUGGUCCGUCUGGGGCGGCGGUCCGUCAGCAGGCCAGGCAGCCCCUCCUUCAGCGAGGAGGAGGAGCUGCGCCUGGACACGCCCCCUCCUUCCCGAGCCCCGCAACACACCCACAUCCCACAGAUUCCAGCCCAAACUGCAGCCAUGCCUCCCCCAAUCCGGAUGAGGGUCAGAGUUCAAGACGAUGUGUUUCUCAUUCCUGUCCCUCAAAGUGAGGCGGAGGUGUGCACGGUGGCGUGGCUCUGUGAACAGGCUGCCCGGCGAUACUACCAGAAGUGUGGCCUGCUGCCCCGCCUGUCCCUGCAGAAGGAGGGGGCGCUGCUGUCCCCCCUGGACCUCCUGCUGGCCGUCCUCCACACCAACGAGGAGGUCAUGGCGGAGGUGAGUUCCUGGGAUCGUCCUCCUCUUCCCGAGCGCUACAAGAAGGCCUGUCAGAGUCUGGCCGUCGAGCCCAGCGCGCGUGUGUCCCGGCUGUGCGAGGUGCAGGAGGGGGGCACCACCAUGACCCUGGGGGGUCUGGGCCUGGCCCCCGCCGCCCUGGCCCCGCUCCUGAGGGCCCUCAAGCUGCAGGCGGACCUCACAGAGCUACGUCUGUCCGGCAACCGUUUCCACGACGACCUGCUGCCCGAGCUGGUCGCCACGGCGCUCACCAUGCCCCGCCUCCGCGUGCUGGACCUCUCGUCCAAUGGCGUGACGGGGGAGGGGCUGGGCAAGUUGGCCGACGCCCUGAAGGGGCAGGUGGACCGCACCUUCCCGAGUCUGGAGGAGCUGGACCUCGGUCUGAACCCGCUGGGGGACGCCGUCUCAGAGCCGCUGUCCUGCCUGCUGGCCCGCUGUCCCCUGCUGGCCCGGCUGUCCCUGCAGGCCUGCGGCCUCACGGCGCGCUGCCUCCAGCACCAUCGCCUGAUGCUCGCCAGCGCCCUCGCAGGCUCAGGACACUUGAGGUCGGUGAGUCUUUCCCACAAUGCACUGGGCUCCACGGGCUGUGAGCUGGUGCUGAAGACCCUCCCCUUCCACCACCUGACACACCUGGACCUUUCCGCCGUCUGCAGUGAGCCGGGGGACCCCCUGCCACUGGAGCGCCUGGCCAGCGUCCUGACCCAGGAGGAGUGCUCCCUGACCCACCUUAGCCUGGGAGGGAACGGGCUGACCGACAGCGGGGUGGACACCUUAGCCAGGUGCCUGCUGGUCUGUCCCUGCCUGACCUCUCUCAACCUGUCGGGGAACCCCUCUGUGACCUCCACCGGCCUCCGCAGCCUCCUGGCCUCCCUGAGAGAGGCACAGCGACCUUUGACCUUUCUCGACCUCCAAGGGUGCGGGUUGUCGGGAGACAGCGCCGGCCUGGAGGGGCUGACGGAGCAGGUGAAGGACCUCCGCCUCUGCUCCCAGGGCCUCAACAAGCUGGACCGCGAGGCCCUGCGUCGGGGCCUGGGCCCUUCAGCACGCGUCUACGAUCGGGGGGCCAGGCUCCGGAUCUCCGCCCGGCCAUAAAGGAGAUAAAAAUAUACGAACUGAGAGUCGCUCUUCAUUCACUGAUGUUGGUUUCCUGACCGCAUACGGCGACACUAGAAGAGGUGAACGUUUACGUUGUCGACACAUUUUCUGUGAUUUAAUUGAUGUCCCGUUUAUGUUUUGUCUUUUUGUUAGGAGUCAUGGUCUCUGUGACUUCUUGGGUGAUUUCAGAAGGCGAUUAAAGGGAGAAUGGUGAUGAGGUCA